GCUGAAGCACAUAAACUUGGAAAUCCCUAUUUUGAAUUUAUAGACGUCAAUUGAUAAAUCAAUUCAUCGAAAUUAUGCCAUUUACUUUAUAACACAAAAGCUGAAACAUGCAUUUCGUCACACUCAAUGUCGCUCGUUUCAGUUGGUGCAUCGACGAACAAGCGAAAACAACUUGUUGAUUCCAAUUGGUACAAUAUUAAUGGAUCGCCAAUCGACAAUUCAACAGUGGAUUGACACAUUGCCAGCUUCAAGUAGUGCUGCUCAAGAACCCACAACAACGCCGGCACAUAACAAAACACCAGUGCAUCAACACUCUCGGAAGUUGUUGAGAGAUAUUUCUUUGCAAUCAGAUGAUGCAAGCAGUCACUGUUCAAGUGUGGAGUCUGUUUUAGAAUUAAGGAAACCCGACCCUGAAGCAGUGCUUCUGGGACUUGGAUUCGGGCCUAGCAAAAACACUAAUAUUGCCUCAAGGAUUCCCCAAAGGUUUCUACAGCCAUCUAAAUUGCUAACUCAACUGGAUAUUAAUAAGUUCUUAGAACAAUAUGGAAAUUCUAAAUAUAAUUCAACUAGGGAAAUACCAGAAAGAUAUAGCAAUUCUAAUCAGAAAUAUGCACCCUGAUGUCCACCUAUUACCUCCAAACUAUCCUCUAUUUUUGUUAUGUUGAUUGUUGUGUAUGCGAUUCGCAUAAAUGUUGUGUGUUUUAGUUCGCCUCCCCCUUCACCGGCGAGGACUCAAUCGAAAGCAUUGUAAAUAGCUUUAAGGAACUCAAUUAAUACAGCUUUAAUGUAAUUUUAGUCACUGUGAUAGAUUAGACACAUUUUAAACCGAAUAUGAAACAUUUAAACUUAACUUCACUUAUACAAUAUAUUAAAAGCAAACUUUAUUUCAUCGUAUUAAACUAUUUACCUAAUUAAAACAAUUAAGCGUAUUUUUUGUAAAAUAUUUUAUUAAUAUCUUUUGUUAUCCUAGAUUGAAAUUGCCAUGAAAUUAACAUCAAACUUUAUAGACUGACAAUUAACUAAUAUUAGUUGUAAUAAUUAUUUUAAAUGAGAUUCUUAGUUAUAUAUUGUACUAUUAUAUUCACGUUAAUUAAUUAUUCCAUGUCGAAAACUUUUAAAUGUACUUUGUAAUAGCAGUAACUUUUCCUAAAUCUAUACUGUGCUGUGUCUUCUUCCUGCACACUGACCAAACAUUCCUCUUACUUGGUUAAUGUGUAUUAUUUAUAAUCAAAACAUCUAUUUAAUAUAUAUUUUACAUCUUUUUCUGAUAAAUUUAUAAACUUGUAUUAAUAUAUUUUCAAAAAAUUAAUGUCUAGAUAUUAAUAAUGCAAAAUUUGUGUGUAUAUUCUACCUGUAGUUUUGAUGUAUCUAUUUAUGAAUAUACAUAAAAUUUAUAUAACAAGCUUAAAACACUUCAAUUUUUACUAGGAGGGUUGUAAUUAAGUCUUGAAAUGUAAUAUUUUCCAUCCAUUGUUUUACAAUCAAAAUAUUCCAUGUUUAUGUUGGACCAAAUUUUAUAAAUAAAUCUUAUUUUGUA